AUGCCUAGCUAUGAGGAAGCCCUUACAGCCUUUGCGGAAACGCGCUCUCUGCUGGCGAGAGCAGAAGAUGCCAUGCAGAAUGCUGUGCAGGCAGAGCAGCAGAAGGUCGUGGAACUCAAGCGUGAGCUGGCCGAGGCCAAGGAAGCAUCGAGGAAAGCAGUAGCUGAUGUUGCUGCCGCGCGUGAUGCGCAGGAGAAAGCUGAAGGUCGCCUGGAGAAGCUCGAAGAGAAGCUGCAGGCGAAGCGAGAUGCGAUCCAGGAGUUGCAGGAUGAGAAGGAUGCCUUAGAAACCAAGCUCGAGAAAAGAAAGAAGGAAAACCGAGAUCUCAAGGAAGAGGUGGAGGAGCUUGAGAAGAAGCUGGAGAAAAAGGCUGGGGAAGAGAAGAAGAAGCAGAGGCAAGAGAGCCCGUCCAGCAGCGAAGAAGAAAAGAAAAAGAAGCAGCUGAAGUUAAAAGCAUCCGUCUCCAGAAGCCGCAGUCGCGCGGGAAGCCCAGAGAGGGAGCUCCAGAAGCGGAAGGAGAGGAAGUCGAAGAGCCCAGGAGGCAAAAGCAGUGCGAGCUCCAAAGGCAGAGAAAAGGCCAGGAACAGGAGUCGGAGCUUGAGUGGCAGUCGGGAUCGGAGGCGUGAUGACAACGAGAGAGAUCGUGAUCGUCGCGGAAGGAGCCGGUCCAGAAGGUCAUCCAGCCGCCGAAGCCGAAGUAGAGAUUACAGGGCCGGCGGCAAAGGCGAUGGCAAAGGUGAUGGUCUCCAGCUUUGCAUCCCCUAUGUCCAGGGGCGUUGCCGCCGCGGGGAUACAUGUCGAGACAGACACCCUGCUGAUGACUUGGAUGCGAUUUACGAGACUCUCAAGCGGAAGCCUUGUAGAUAUGGCGCGGACUGCAAGCGGCGUGACUGCGUGUUCAAGCAUCCCGAUGAUGGCCGCCGGCGUACCGACUAG